AUGGAUUCACUUAAGACUAUUCUCAUUGCGAAUCGUGGAGAGAUCGCCGUGAGGAUUAUCAGAACUGCCAAGGCGUUAAAUAUUCGAACAGUCGCAGUAUACACAGAGCCCGAUGCUAUAUCUACCCAUGUCUCCUUAGCCGAUGAAUCGGUGCUGCUUGAAGGACCUCCAACAAAAGCUUAUGUUGACGGAGACCAAAUCAUCAACGUUGCUAAACAGUACAAAGCCAAUGCCAUUAUUCCCGGAUAUGGCUUCCUUUCCGAGAAUACUGACUUUGCUCGGCUGGCCAAAGAGGCGGGGAUCGCCUUUGCUGGGCCUAGUCCUGAGAGCAUUGAAGCUUUUGGCUUGAAACAUCGAGCUCGGGAGCUUGCUAUCGAUGCUGGUGUCCCAAUUGUACCCGGAACUCAGUCCCUUGUUAAAGAUGAGGAAGAGGCGGUUAAUGCCUCCAAGAAGCUUGGCUUUCCGGUUAUGCUGAAAGCUACAGCUGGGGGAGGAGGAAUGGGCUUAUUAACAUGUCAUUCUGAAGAAGAAGUGCGAGAGUCAUUUGCAACAGUGAAAUCGCGAGGCGAAGCCCUGUUUAAGAAUGGCGGCAUGUUCAUUGAACGAUACUAUCCAUCUAGUCAUCAUAUCGAGGUCCAAGUUUUUGGCAAUGGGCUUGGAAAAGCGAUUCAUUUUGGUGAAAGAGAAUGCUCCAUUCAAAGGAGACACCAGAAGGUCGUCGAAGAAUGCCCUAGUCCCUUUGUUACAAAGCAUCCUGAACUACGGCAGAAACUGUGUGACGCUGCUGUUCGCUUGGCAGAAUCAACUAAAUAUGCAUCUGCGGGAACGAUCGAGUACCUGGUGGAUGAUGAUACAGGAGAUUUCUUCUUCCUCGAAAUGAACACCCGUCUGCAGGUGGAACAUGGCAUCACUGAGUUAUGUUACGGCGUCGACUUAGUUGAGCUUAUGUUGAAGCAAGUGAACGCUGAGCUCUCAGGAAAGAAAGGACUAGAUGCAGCCUAUCUGGAAAAAUUGCAGUCGAAGCCACUCCGCGGAGCAGCUAUAGAGGUCCGAGUGUAUGCUGAAAAUCCUGCGAGGAACUUUGCCCCUUCCCCUGGCGUGUUGCAGGAAGUUCAGUGGAAAGAAAUCCCUGGUUCUAGAUUUGAUACUUGGGUUCGCAGGGGAACCAAGGUGACAGCAAAUUACGAUCCCCUUCUCACCAAAGUUAUGUAUCACUCUCCUUCCAGAGAAGAAACCAUCAGGGGGAUGUUCACUAUCCUUUCCGAGUCAAAGAUCUGCGGGCCUCCAACAAAUCUCGAGUUCCUUGCUUCUAUCCUAACAGAUGCAAGGUUUGUCGAGGGUAAUACUUUAACCCAAUUCUUGAAUACCUUCAAAUACAUGCCUGCUGCGAUCGAUGUUGUUGCUGGCGGAGCUUAUACACUCAUUGAAGACUACCCUGGCCGCCCGACUAUCGGACGUGGAUUCUCCCAUUCAGGUCCUAUGGAUCCCUUGGCGUUCCGUAUUGCCAACGCUCUCGUGGGAAACCCGGUUGGUCUCGAAGCUCUAGAAAUUACCCUUAGCGGACCUGAACUGCUCUUCCUGGGCCCUGCAAUCGUUUCUCUUUGUGGAGCGCCGAUGGAAGCUAAAUUAGAUGGAGCUCCUUUCAAAAUGUGGACAAGAGUUAAAAUCAAUGCUGGACAACGCCUCAGCAUUGGUAGAACAACUGGAGGCGGAUGCAGGGCGUAUCUGGCUGUCUAUGGAGGAUUCACUAACGUUGCUAACUGGUUCGGUUCAAAAUCGACGUCGCCUAUGGUGGGCGUUGGUGGUUAUCAAGGUCGUCAGCUCGCAUCCGGAGACCUUCUAUCUAUCACAGAUAAACUUCCGGAAAUACACGGGGAGCUUUCUCUUCCCAUGUCUCUAAUCCCAGAAUACCCAUCCCACUGGGAGCUGCUAGCACUUGCUGGACCUUACGAUGAGGGGUAUAUUCUCACUGACAACAUUAAAGAGUUAUAUCGCACCACGUGGAAAAUUUCUCAUAAUGCUGCAAGAGGGGGCAUUCGACUUCUUGGACCAAAGCCGAAAUGGGCUCGAACUGAUGGUGGCGAGGGCGGCGCUCACCCAAGCAAUGUUAUAGAGUAUGGUUACCCGAUUGGAACCCUAAACUGGACAGGUGAUGACCCAUGUAUAUUCCCUGUUGACUGUCCGGAUUUGGGUGGUUUCGUUUCCAGCAUGACAGUUGCGAAGGCUGAUUACUGGCGAAUGGGUCAAAUGAAAGCUGGGAACACGUUAAAGUUCAGGAGGGUUACUCUAGAUGAUGCACUUGCGUUGCGGCGCCAGGUUGACAGGUUUGUGGAGAGCAUAGCAGAGUGUUGCUCAGGGAAGGCCAAGUUUGAGGAGGUCUCAGCGUUAAAUUACGCCAAUCUCCCUGAGUCAAAAGAUUUUGGGUAUGGCACAAAAGCUGUUAUUCAUCGAAUUGAAGAAAAUGGAAGGAAGCAGCCUUUGGUAUCUUAUAGACAGGGGGGUGACGACUAUAUUCUCAUCGAUUACGGACAUGGCGCCUUUGACCUCAACCACCGUUGCAGAGUCACCGCCCUCAUCAAAGCACUGAGAGAAGGAAAGGGAGAGAUUACAUUCUCUACAGGAUUGAUUGGGACAGUUGGCUGCGGCAAUUCUCUUUCUCUAUAUUAUGAUGGCUUGAAAAUCCCUCAAAAGAAGUUGAUUAAGUAUUUAUGUCAGCUCGAGGUACAGCUCGGGGAUCUAAGCCAGGUUAAGAUGCCCAGCCGUCUCUUCAAACUCCCCCUUACCUUCGAGAGCAAGAGACAAACCGCCGCUCUACAACGCUACAUGGAAACCCAACGGCCAUACGCGUCAUACCUUCCUGACAAUAUGGACUUCGUCGCGAAAAACAACGCUUUUACGCGCCAAGAGUUCGAGAAUAUUUACCUUACUGCCAGCUUCAUGGUUGUCGCGGUAGGAUUCUUUACUGCUCUGCCAUUGUCACUCCCGGUGGACCCCCGCCAUCGUAUGAACUGUCCAAAGAUGAAUCCAAGCCGGGUUUUCACACCUGAAGGACAGGUGUCAUGGGGAGGCUCUUGCAUGGCCCUUUAUAACGUUGAAUCGCCAGGAGGCUACCAACUGACCGGCAUGUCCAUCCCUGGAGUUGACAUCCUAGGUUCCAAAGCUGGCUACUCUCCAGAAAAACCAUGGCUCUUUGAAGAUUUUGAUCAAAUCACAUUUUACAAAGUGUCGGAAGAAGAGUACGAAAAAGAUAUGGCUUUAUUCCACAGCGGCAGGUACCAAUACAAAUGGGAGAAUGUCGAAUUCGAUAUGGCAGAGCAUAAUCGAUUGCUGGAGAGCACCAAGGACGAAGUAGCUAUGAUUCGUGCCCGACAAAAGCAAGCACAGGCUGAAAUGACUAAACUUGAAAAUGAACUGUUGGAGCGCUGGGCAGCGGAGAAGGAGGCGAAUGAAAUCCCGAUGGAUGCCGUGGAGGCUUUGUUGCAGGAUCCCGAUAUUUCUACAAUUGAAGCACCCCUCAGCGCCAAUGUGUGGAAAAUUGAAGUUCAAGAGGGAGACAAAGUGACUGCAGGACAAGUUGUGACAAUUCUGGAAGCUAUGAAGCUAGAGAUCGCUGUGCGUGCUGAUGCCAGCGCUGUUGGAGGGACGAUUGAAAAGAUCCUGAUCAAACCAAAUGACACAGUUGAAGCAGGCAAGACGCUGUUCUUGGUGCGGAGCGGGCCGAAGAAAGCUUAG